GGUUCCGCCUCCCCUGGCCGGCGCGCACUCACGCCCACCGCGGCUCGGGCUGGCGGAGCGCCGGCGAGAGUGCGCGCGCCGCGGGAGCCGCUCCGGCCUCUCCACGCACUCUGCUCAGGGCGUCUUGAGAGCCUGGGAACGUGAACAGGCUUGAAGUAUGGCAUGUUGCGAAGAUGGUUUCUGCCAAGAAGGUGCCCGCGAUCGCGCUGUCCGCCGCGGUCAGUUUCGCCCUCCUGCACUGCCUGUGCCUGGCGGCUUGUUUAAACGAAUCCCCAGGACAGAACCACAAGGAGGAGAAAUUGUGCCCGGAAAAUUUCACCCGCAUCCUGGACAGUUUGCUGGAUGGUUAUGACAACAGGCUUCGUCCCGGAUUUGGGGGUCCUGUUACAGAAGUAAAAACUGACAUAUAUGUCACCAGCUUUGGACCUGUUUCUGAUGUUGAAAUGGAAUACACAAUGGAUGUAUUCUUCAGACAGACAUGGAUUGACAAAAGACUCAAAUAUGAUGGCCCUAUUGAAAUCUUGAGAUUGAAUAAUAUGAUGGUAACAAAAGUGUGGACCCCUGAUACUUUCUUCAGGAAUGGAAAGAAAUCUGUUUCACAUAAUAUGACAGCUCCAAAUAAGCUUUUUAGAAUUAUGAGAAAUGGCACUAUUUUGUAUACAAUGAGACUCACCAUAAGUGCGGAGUGUCCCAUGAGAUUGGUGGAUUUUCCCAUGGAUGGUCAUGCUUGCCCUUUGAAAUUUGGGAGUUAUGCAUAUCCGAAGAGUGAGAUGAUCUACACCUGGACAAAAGGGCCAGAAAAGUCAGUCGAAGUGCCAAAGGAAUCAUCCAGCUUAGUUCAAUAUGACUUGAUUGGGCAAACCGUAUCAAGUGAAACUAUCAAAUCGAUUACGGGUGAAUAUAUUGUUAUGACGGUUUACUUCCACCUCAGACGGAAGAUGGGCUAUUUCAUGAUUCAGACGUAUAUUCCAUGCAUAAUGACAGUGAUUCUUUCUCAAGUGUCGUUCUGGAUAAAUAAGGAAUCAGUUCCAGCUAGGACUGUAUUUGGAAUAACCACAGUUCUCACCAUGACCACACUGAGCAUCAGUGCACGCCAUUCUUUGCCCAAAGUGUCCUAUGCUACUGCCAUGGACUGGUUCAUUGCUGUCUGCUUUGCUUUUGUGUUUUCGGCCCUUAUUGAAUUUGCUGCUGUCAACUAUUUCACCAAUAUUCAAAUGGAAAAAGCCAAAAGGAAGGCAUCAAAAACCCCUCAGGAAAAUCCAGCUGCUCCAGUGCUAAGAGAAAAGCAGACUGAAGCACCUCUGCAGAAUACAAAUGCCAAUUUGAACAUGAGGAAAAGAACAAAUGCCUUGGUUCAUGCUGAAUCAGAUGUUGGCAGCAGAACUGAGGUAGGAAACCAUUCAAGCAAAUCUCCCACAGUUGUUCAAGAAUCUUCUGAAACCAAACUUCAGACUUACUUAGCUUCCAGUCCAAACCCAUUCAGCCAAGCAAAUGCAGCUGAAACUAUAUCUGCUGCGAGAGCGCUGACACCGGCUCCUUCAGCUCCUAGUCAGACUGCGUGUGUGUCUAGACAAGCUUCGCUUGGAUCUGCUUCUACUCAGCAUGUGUUUGGAUCAAGACUGGGGAGGAUUAAGACCACAGUUAAUACCGCAGGGGCUUCUGGGAAGUUGCCAGUCUGCACUCCUCCCCCUGCUCCUCCACCCUCUGGAUCUGGCGCAAGUAAAAUAGACAAAUAUGCCCGUAUUCUCUUUCCAGUCACCUUUGGAGCAUUUAACAUGGUCUAUUGGGUUGUUUAUUUAUCUAAGGACACUAUGGAGAAAUCAGAGAGCCUAAUGUAAUUUUGUUGUAUAGUAGUUUCAUAAAAGAUGAUUUAAAUGUAGACUGUCUUUUAAAAUGUUUUUAAAGAUAGCUAUUCUUUACUAAAAUAAAAAUUAUGUGUAAUUUUUCAAUUUAAAAAAUAUAACCCAGUUAUUGGGAGAGUUAAUUUUUCAGCAAAGGAUAAGUGAACCAUCUUACUUCUGAGAAAGACACUUUAAAAGUGAUCAUUCAGCAUUCAAGUAAGAUGGAGUGUAGACUAUACAGAAAGUUGAGAAGAUAAAUAUAAGGCUAUUAGAGGUAUGGGUUACACAUUUUUGCAUUGAAAUUUGAAAAAAGACUAUUGAAAUGUUUAAAUAAACCCUAUAAAUAUCAACCAGCCAUCCCAAAUUUCUCAGUGGCACUGUCCUUAACCAGAAGUGUUUAUCAGAUAUCAUUUGUAGUGAGCUUUGGAGAUUCUUUCAGUUCCUGCAAGAAAAGGACUUUCCUUGUUAAGAAAACAUUGAUAAAAGGAAAAUGGACCAAAACAAAUACUGAUCAAGGGAGUGAAGUCUCCUGCAUGAAAGACAAAGACAUAGGCCAGGGAAAAUGUGUUCCCUUUCAUAUGCUGGCCAAAUAGUUCUUAAUAGUUGACUUGAAAUUUUGUGCUCUGAGCCAAAGUUCAACUAAUUAUAGGAAUUAUUUUUUUACAGUAGCUCAUUCAGUUCUGUGCUCUGUUCAUUCACUACAUAGUUACUCAACAUAGAGCCUGCUGUGCUAGGCACUGUGUCCUAGGAAAGCUCUUUCACCUUUAUCUACAAUAUUACUUAAAUAGAGUAGUCAAUGCAUGCUCAAGAACCAUAAACCAGCAGAGGACAUUGCAUUCUUUAAUGAAAGAAAUUUAUUUAGUCUGGCAACAUAUCCAAAAUUAUUUGUUUCUCGUAUAUCGAUAGAGGGUAACUAGUAUAUUUUUUCACAUAGCUACUUUGAGGUACGUAAAUAAUAGUACAACUUCAGAUACUGGUUUUCAAAAUAUAAUGAAAAUGUGGUACAGAUUGUUCUGUAAUUGAAAAGUGCUAUGUACCUGCAAAUAAAAAUCUGGGAACUAUAAAACUGAAUAGAUUACCUGUCUCAGAUUUUAUCAGAGUUACCUAAUAGAAUCAGAUCAGAAUCAUGGGAUCAUCAGAAAUAGGAAUUCAACUCCCUUUUCAGAUGUUUUUCCAAACAUAGAUCUAUAUUUGAUGGUGAAAUGCUAAUCUUCUUGGGAAUUUGGUGUCUCUAGUUCUGUAUUUCUGGGCAAGUUUUGUGUUUAUGUUUUGGGAGUUUUGUUAAGGUUUCAUAAUUCACAUGAGUAUUUUAAAGCUAAAGGAGCUGCAAAGACAAGGAGUGAGGGAGAAAUCAUAGUCACAGGGUACAACCCACUGACUAUUAUAUUAUGCAAUUUUUCAGGAUUUUCAUGUACUGACUUUCCUUUCAUUAGGUAGGCUUAACAAAAUAACUGACUAUCUGGGAGCUGUCUUAUGCAGCUCAGUUCAGGUCUGAUUUGGUGUUGUUUUGUUGCUUUUGAAUUUCUCUUCUAUACCUCUUUCUACCAGUUUCAGAGGAUAUGAAUGAGUGUUUCUGGGGAACAUUUUGAUAGAAA